AUGGGACCCGGUUCAAUUCGGAUCUUUUGCUCUUAUCUUCUUGUAUCUACUCAUCGUGAGGCAGAGACAUCUAAGUUGACUCAAGUUGUCCAAUCAGGAUCAGGCAUGGUUUAAAUGGGAUUGCUAUGAUUGCCUGGUUGUUGCUUGACCACAGCUUUAGCCAUCAAGGUUAGGCAAUCUUAUUGUCAACUAUGACUUAUUUUGAGCAUGGGUAUGAUUGUCUUAUCAUCAGGUACAGCUAAUCAACAAAGCCUUAGAGGACACUCUUUGUUUAAGGCAACAUAACAUGUUGUUGGUGGCUUGUUGGUCUCAUAGGAACAAUACUAUUUCACCAACUGUGCAACUUGCAUAUAUAGUUAGUGGAAACAAAACUCAAACACAUAUUCUAAUGGAAUCUCAAAGUAAAUGGAUCUCAUCUCCAACCAAUCUUAUAAAUAUAUACAUCUGUAGUCUUCUCUUGUUGAAUACUCCUAGACAGUCGGCCAUUAGUGACAACAAGCAACUUUGAAGGUUGCAAACUAAUAAUUAAAUCAGAGUCAAUACGAUUUAGGGGGAAAGCAUACCCUAUAAGGUUCCAGUAUUGUUGAUGUGAUACAAGAAGAGGAUGCUUAAUACAAACUUCUCUUUAGUUCCAACCAUUACUAUGAUCCUACAUUAAUUCAUUGUAUGAUAUGCUGUUGCUGGUGAUAACUGGUAAGACCAAUGGUUUCCAUCAGUUAAUAGAGAGUUCAGAUUUCUUCCUCUUUCUUUUCUUCAUGUCCCCCAAUUUCAUGCCUGAUUUGUCUGUGCUGAUCAUGCAGUGUUAGCAGAAGUUUAAUGACUGAUGUGCACAUUUCUAUUUUCUGGCCUUCUGGGGAAUUAUAGUUGAAGAGAUCUUAUUUGGACUUUGGUAGGAUCAAUUCAUCUGAGCACAUACCACGCCCUUUGUGCAUCACUCUGUCGCCUAUUAAUAUGUCCAUAUGUGAUCUAAGGUUUUAUCUUGGUGUUUUAUUGCUGACAAUCCUCUGCCAUCUAUCCAUUGGUAUCUUAAUGGGUUAUUUAUCAGAGGAAACUAAUUUUGGAAGAUUAAUAGGCUAUUGUUAAUUCUUACUGCCGGCACUUCUUUUUUUGCUGGACAUUGGACUGUAAAUGUAAGGUAAGGCUUCUUCACAUCUUGCAUCAUAUUUUUUUUGAAUGAUGUGAAUGCAGUGAAUAUGCUGUAACUACCUACAGUUAUAAAUGAUCCAGUGUCUUGCACAUUGGCCUACAUACAUGCUUAUGCAAAAGCUAUAGGUACACUAAAGUUAUAACCAAGGAUCUAAAUCUCAGCGGUAACCAGCGUAUCUCCAGGCCUAGUGACAGUGUCCCACUUGCUGAGUUCCAGGAAGCUCUGAACCUGAAAACACAAUUGAGCAUUCCUCAAGCAGACUUUCUCACCUACAGCCAAUUUUUUAGAAAUGUUUUUGUUAUAGGUGACUCCAUCCACAACAAAUUAAUGUCUCAAGUUUUACUCUUUUUUUUUCUAAACACAAGUUUUACUUUUUAAAGUAACAAACGUUCCACUUUGAUCGCCAGUUUUAUUCUAUAGAUUUUAAUAAAGUGUUCUUAUUACUUGCAUUAUUUAUCAAUUAUCCAUGACGUAAGUCUUAUGCAAUAUGUUUGGUCAAACCAAUAUGUUUUUGAUUGCACAUAGUUUAGGGCAUCAUUUUUUGUGAUAGGACUACCAUUUUAAGAAGUACAGUGUCAUCAGGCACCAGCAUAUCAAAUCUUUGGCGAUCACUGUAAUUAGCCCAGCAAAUUAAUGUACAAUGAACAUGUUUGCAGAGUUGUAUGCGAUGAUAACUCUUGGUGCUGUAAUAUUCUGCCCACCUGCUUACAAUCUAUUUCAGUUCUGUUGCUUCUGUAUGUUACUAAAAACAUAUAGCUGCAGUCCUCUAUUUCAGAGAUGCUCCGAGAUUUAACUGUAGUGAGCUUUUCUCCAUUUUUCAGACUGUGUUGUUCUUGCUGGGCACUUUUCCUGGUAGUUUUGGCAGAUCUCCUUGAACCAGUUCAUCUAUGGCAGCCAUAUUGGGUUCUUUAGUUGGAUCAUGUGCUAAGAAGUUGCAAGAGAUCAUUACAGAUGAGGCAAUUCUAAUUCUAGGUGUGAGAAAAGAGCUUGAAGAACUACAGAGGAGAGCAGACAUCAUAAAGUGUUCUCUUAAUGAUGCUGAGGCAAGGAGGAUGGAAGACACAACAGUUGAAAUGUGGCUUGGACAGCUAAGAGAUGUUAUGUAUGAUGUUGAUGAUACCAUUGAUUUGGCCAGAUUUAAAGGAAGCAUGCUGCUAUCUGAUCAUCCUUCAGCAUCGUCAAGCUCAACCAAAUCGACUUCUUGUGGAGGCCUUUCACUUUUGUCUUGCUUUUCUAAUACUGGUACACGCCAUGAGCUUGCUGUUAAGAUUAAAAGCCUUAACAAAAAGAUAAAUAACAUUGUAAAUGACAAAGUAUUCUUAGGACUUGAGAGUACACCAUCCACUGGAAAAGAUUCAGUAACACCACAGGAAAGAAGUUCCAAACUAGUGGAACCAAACCUUGUGGGAAGGGACGUGGUACAUGCUUGCAGAAAAUUAGUGGAUCUGGUCAUUAAAAAUAAGGAAAAGACGGCCGAUAUUGAAAAUAAGGAAAAGAAGGCUGAUAUUGAACAUAAGAAAAAGGAACCCUACAAGCUUGCUAUUGUUGGAACUGGCGGAAUUGGUAAGACCACACUUGCUCAGAAAAUAUACAAUGAUAAGAAAGUGGAAGGGAACUUCGACAAACGUAUAUGGGUUUGUGUUUCCAAAGAGUACCUUGGAACGUCUCUAUUGAGAGAAGUUCUUCGGGGUAUGGGUGUGCAAUAUGGAGCAGAUGAAUCACUUGGUGAGCUGCAAGUCAAGCUUAUCUCAGCCGUUAGUGAGAAGAGUUUUCUCCUAGUGCUAGAUGAUGUGUGGCAAUCUGACGUGUGGACUAAUUUACUACGGAUUCCACUGCAUGCUGCAUCAACAGGAGUAAUUCUAGUAACUACUCGACUUGAUAUUGUCGCUCGGGAAAUUGGGGCAGAUCACACUCAUCAAGUUGAUUUGAUGUCAGAUGAUGUAGGAUGGGAGCUACUUUGGAAGAGUAUGAACGUCAUUGAAGAAAAACAAGUGCAAAAUCUGCGUGAUAUAGGGAUGGAGAUUGUUCGCAAGUGUUAUGGCCUUCCCCUUGCAAUAAAGGUUAUUUCCCGAGUUCUAAUCAGCAAAGAUAAAUCAGAGAAGGAAUGGAAAAAGAUAUUGAACAAAAAUUCUUGGAAAACGAACAAUUUUCCUAGUGAAAUAAUAGGUGCUUUGUAUCUGAGUUACGAUGAGUUGCCACAACAUUUGAAGCAAUGUUUUCUUUAUUGUGCUAUAUACCCCGAGAAUUCAACAAUUAACCGUGAUGAUAUUACCAGAAUGUGGAUAGCUGAAGGCUUUAUAGAUGAGCAGGAAAGCUCUACAGAUGAACAGAAACACCAACUACUAGAAGAUACAGCAGUAGAAUAUUACUAUGAGCUGAUCCACCGGAACCUCCUUCAACCAGAUGGUUCACAUUUUGACCAUAUUAGAUGCAAGAUUCAUGAUCUCUUAAGGCAGCUUGCUUUUCAUUUAUCAAGACAAGAGUGUUUUGUGGGAGAUCCAGAAACACAAGGUGGUAACAAAAUGAGUGUAGUGCGACGUAUUUCAGUUGUGACAGGAAAGGACAUGGUGGUAUUACCUAGGAUGGAUAAGGAGGAAUAUAAAGUAAGGACUUACAGAACUUCAUAUCACAAGUCACUGAAAGUUGAUAGUUCACUUUUCAGGAGACUUAAAUAUCUCCGUGUUUUGGAUUUGACUAAAUCAUAUGUACAAAGCAUCCCAGAUAGCAUUGGAGAUUUGAUUCAUUUGCGUUUACUUGAUCUUGAUAGCACUGACAUAUCUUGUCUUCCAGAGUCCCUUGGUUCUCUUAAAAACCUUCAAAUACUGAAUUUGCAAUGGUGCGUUGCUUUGCACAGACUUCCUUUGGCGAUCACUAAGCUGUGCAGUCUUAGACGGCUUGGUAUUGAUGGUACACCAAUAAAUGAGGUCCCAAUGGGGAUAGGAGGAUUGAAGUUCCUCAAUGAUUUAGAAGGAUUUCCUAUUGGUGGUGGUGGUAAUGAUAAUGCUAAAAUACAAGAUGGAUGGAACUUGGAAGAGUUGCGUCCUCUUCCGCAUUUGAGGAAGCUUCAGAUGAUCAAAUUGGAAAAGGCAGCUUCAGGCUGUAAAGAUACAUUGCUAACAGACAAAGGGUAUCUCAAAGUCUUAAGACUAUGGUGCACUGAGCGUACAAAUGAACCAUAUUCAGAAAAAGAUGUUAGUGACAUAGAGAAUAUGUUUGAGAAGUUAAUCCCUCCAUGCACUCUAGAAGAUCUAGUUCUCACAAGAUACUUUGGUCGAAAGUAUCCAACAUGGCUUGGUACUACCUAUUUGUGCUCACUAGAAUAUCUGACUCUAAGAUGGUGCAAAUCAUGUGUAUGUCUUCCAACAAUUGGGCAGUUGCACAACUUGAAAUAUCUAAGGAUUGAGGGAGCAAUAGCAGUUACCAAGAUUGGACCAGAAUUUCUUGGCUGCAAGCUCAGAACCACAGAGGAGGCAGUAGCAUUCUCUAGGCUUGAAUUGCUUACCUUUACAGAUAUGCCCAAUUGGGAGGAGUGGUCCUUUGUUGAAGACGAUGAUGAAGCAGCAGCAACAGCAGAGCCUGUAGCAAAUGAAGGGGAGGCGAAUGAUGCUUCUGCAAAGCCGAAAGGGGAAGCCCCAGUUGGAAGGUUGCAGCUGCUGCCAUGUCUAAAGAAGUUACACCUUCGUAACUGCCCAAAACUGAGGGCUUUCCCGCGACAGCUUGGGAAGGUGGCCACCAGCUUGAAGGUGCUCACAAUAGGUGAAGCAAGAUGCUUGAAAGUUGUGGAGGACUUCCCAUUCCUUUCUGAUAACCUUUCGAUCAUUGGAUGUAAAGGUCUGAAGAGGAUCUCUAAUCUUCCACAGCUGAGGGAUCUGCGUGUAGCCCGUUGCCCAAACUUGAGGUGUGUCAAGGAGUUUGGCUGUCUGCAGCAGCUGUGGCUGGGCGUGGGUAUGCAAGACGUGUCUUCAGUAUGGGUGGCCGGGCUCCAAGGACAACACCGGCAAGAUCAUGGAGAUGAUCUGGAUGUCUACACAUGGCAACUUCGUGUAGGCUGAGAGGCAAAGACGCAGUUAAAUGGAGAUAAUAAAUGGUAUGAAAUGUAAUACUUGAUAAUGAAUUUAGUUCUUUUAGCAUGUCUUGAUUAUGCCAUCUGAAUUUUGCCCUCCUGAAUCUCAAUGCUGCCGCCUUGUUGGAUUGUACAUUCCAGCAUGUCCAUAUUGGAUCAAAAACAAAAUCACGUUAGUGUCGAUCACAACCUUCAUGUGGAGAGCAUUAUUCGUUUAUUAUGAGAUUUAUGUACUUUGUACUGUUUGGUUUUGUAUAUAGAAUUAUGUAUAGAUUCAUGACAUCAAAGAUUUUCAUAAAUUGGUACGUUACUAGCCUUGGCUCCCAUGUUUUAUUUUAGAAGCAAAACCCUGUUUGGGGGCAGAAGAAAAAUAAUCUGAGUCCACUCUUGAGUCUCAACUUUGUAACUCGUAUUUCUAUACUCGCGUCGUUUAUGAAGUCCUAAAAUUAGUCUUGUUUACAUAGCCGUACUUAUUUUAGUUCUUGUUUACCUUUGUAGGUCGUUAAUCUUGCAGACCCAUGCAAUUUAAUCUUCUGUUGUAUAACUUCAUCAUCCUUUCUUGAACUCUAUAAGGUCGAUGCUAGAAUAUAUUUAAAAAAAGAUUUGGAAAAGCAUCAAAAUAGAAAAGCAAAUACCAAAUGUGUUGGUUGCACAUUCAAGCAAGAUGAAAACACAUGGGGUCAACAUUUCCAUUGAGUUAGCGGCACAUCCACAAAUACUUGGAUGCAACAUGCUAAAAUAGAAGGAAAAAUCAGCAAUUUCACUCAUGUGUGUUAUAGUUACAGAAGGAGACAAGUAAACAAAUGAGAAACAGAACAGAACAGAUUACAGGCUACACAUCUGAGUAUCUGACACCACAAACUUAGUAAAAAAAUCCAUUACAGUGUUAUAAUUAAUAUGUUUGUGUUCAAACUAAACCUGCUAUAUUUCACCAGAUAGAACGUAUUUCAGAUAAUGUCUAAAUCAGCAUAUUGAACUUGGUGAGCAUUUUGAAAAAAAAAAGAAUAAAGAAAUGCAUAUCCUGUCCACUCUCUCCAGCUGAAUUUUUGCGGCCAUGAUUCAUAAACUAUAAUCCAGUUCAAAUGCAAAGAAUGAAAGACAUGCUGCUGUGAGAUUUCUAAGCCACAAAUUCAAGACUGCGCUUAGCAU